UCGAGGUUCUGGCCGCUUUCAUUCUUCUCUCUGGUAGUUCUCACAUCUAUUUUUUGCAAAUGUAUGGCGCUGAAAUCAAUAACCGAAAGCGUCGUAUAAAAUUACAAUAGGAUGACCGCUCUCAAGCUUCUUUCUAAUCAAAGCCUGACAAGAUCGUACGGGGCAAAUGUCGGUUGUGAGUUGUGACAUACUGUGCGGUAUAGAGUAUACACUGCAAAUACAACUGACUGUACUAUAUUGUAGUAGUAUGUUACAAUAUCCGCUACCUCCGUAUAAAUGGCAUUUACAAAUGAUAGCGUGAUGGUGAAUAACGUAGUUCACACGGAACAGCUGAUGGGUAAUGAGUGCCGUAUUUGCCUCAAGCCCUGCACAGAGGUAUGUCAGCUCUUCCAAAACAACGGGGGAAUACCGGAGAAGCUGAUGGCUAUUGGCGCAGUGCAGGUGCAAGAAGGUGACGGUCUUCCAUCAUCUAUUUGUCUGUCGUGCAAUCAUUUGCUUGAUGUAUCAUAUGACUUCAAGUGUCAGAUUCAGAAUUCUGAUGUAAAGCUACGUCAGAUUCUGAAACUGCCUAUGCUGCAGGACAAUAAUAUGAAGGAUAUCAUGGAUGCUAUGCCUGAUGUAAAUUUGAAAAAGGACAAUGACAUGGAAAUUUACUCUCAUGAUCUCAUUACUUCCAAUAAUACUGCAAUAAUUAAUAAUGAAUCUCCUAUAAGUCAUGAUCAGUCAAAUCGCCUAUGCUCUUCAAUGUCAGAAGAUAGUUAUACCUCCUGUGAUAAACAGGAGCAAUUAAUGUUAUCUGAAGAUAAAACAGAAAAUUUAACAGACAACAAUAGGGAAGUUACAAUAAAGGAUGAUGUUAAGAAUGAGAUGUCAUUGGAAGAUAAUCAGGAUGUUUUGAAGCAACUGUUAGGAAUGGAUAAUCAAGAUGUGGAAACUUGUAGCGACGACGAGGAAAAGCCAUUAAUAAGCAGGACAACUGGAUAUAAGUGCUCGGAUUGUAUCAAAUCAUUUGCAACACAUACAGCUUUGAUGGAACAUGCAAAACUUAAACAUCAUCCGCAUUAUUAUUUAUGUGUUUUAUGCGACAAGUAUCUCUCGGAUAAGGCCAAGUUGAAGAAACACAUGUUUACGAACCAUCGGAUGAUGGAUGAUGAGACGUUGCAAGAAAGUAAUCAGGAUAAAAAGACCAAUAAAGUAUCAACAAAAGUUACCAGGAGUGGUACCAUAAUAGACAACACGAGAGAGAAAAACAAGUACAUAUGUAAUAUUUGUUCGAGGGAAUUCAAAUAUCAUAAACCUUUUUUAUCUCAUACCAAAAAUCAUUCUGCAUGCAGUGAGAAAACGUCAGACGAUGUAUUUGAUCAGUCUCAAAACAAGAGAACAAAUAAACAGAAAGACAAAAUCUCGGUAUCCAGGGAAAACAAAUCCGAGGAUGAGGAUGAAGAGGAAGACGACGACGAUAGCGACUUGCCGAUCGAGAGUCUACAGUGUACGCAAUGCGGCAAGCUCUUUGCCACAAAAAGAAACCUAAAAAGACACAUUUCAACGCACAGUGGCUUAAAAUUUAAUUGUACGACUUGUGGAAAGGAAUUUUCAAGGAUCGACAAGUUGAAAGAUCACGAGCAAUCGAAGCACAAGAUGGAAAUAUUCGGUAACACCGAAGACGAGGAUGACGACGAUGAGGAUAAUGAGAACAAAGUCAACGAGAAUUCCGAGAGUCGAAAAAAGGACCGUCAUAACAGACCGCACCAGUGCUCGCAUUGUCCAAAGGCAUUUGCGCAAGCUCAAUCUCUGGCAAAUCACGAGGAAAGACACAAACGAGCGAAGGAUACGCAGAAGCGAUUCCUUUGCGAAAAAUGUAGCAAAUGUUUUGCGCAGAGUGGCUCACUGGUAGCGCAUAUGCGCACACACACCGGACAUCGGCCUUAUGUGUGCAAAGUGUGCAGUCGCGCCUUUACCAAGAGCACGUAUCUACAAUUACAUUUACGAACUCAUAGUGGCGAGAAACCGUACAUUUGUCAGUAUUGUAGUAGGGCUUUUGCCAGAGCCAAUACUUUGGCUCGGCAUAUUACUAUGCACACCGGCGAAGCCAAGUAUUGCUGUAACAUCUGCGAGAAGAAGUUUCGACGACUAACUUCGCUAAACGAACACAUGUAUACUCACACUGGUCAACGGCCGUAUGCGUGCAAACUUUGCAGCAAAAGAUACAACAACGCUGGUUCCCUCUAUGCUCAUACAAAGAAGUGUAAGGCGCAGCAGUCGUCUAGCGGGGCGACAACUGCAUUUACAGUGUCCACAGUGGAUACCACGCCGCAGCAGAAUGAAGCGUCUAUGCCCCAAUUGCUGAUAUACUCUCAGAGAAAAUUAGAGGAGGAGCCGUCGGUUGGUCAAGUUAUGCCAACGCCGCAAUACUUGGUAGCAAAUGUGCACAAUCAGAAAACGAUGUCCGCCAAUGUUAUCCAACCAUUCACUAUGGAGGAUCCGAAUGUGUACAAUUCUAAACAGUUCAAGAACUAUUAUACUAUUUAUCCGAACAUGUAACGGCACAUCAAAUAUUGAUCACAUCCGGUUGUCGAUUAAUUCUAAUCUUCGUUCGGUUAUUUGGUUUCAGUUUAAUUUAUACAUAGUACCUCUAAGUUAAGGUGGUGACUACAUACAUAUGUACACAU